AACAACAAGCUGGGAUCCAGCCUGCGUGAUGAUUGUCCACCUGAAUGUGAACUGGGAUUUAGAGGGAAUCGCACAGGAGGGGCUAAAUUUCCCUGUGGUGAUUGUGGGAAGAGAUUCAGUCAUUUAUUAGACCUUAACAUCCACCAGUGCAUUCACACAAGAGAUAAAUCUUAUCACUGCUCUGACUGUGGGAAGAAUUUCACACGAGUAGGAAGUCUUAAAAGACACCAACGCAUUCACACAGGAGAGAAACCUCAUCACUGCACUGAGUGUGGGAGGAGAUUCAGUUGCUUGUCAGACCUUAAAAGACAUCAGCGCAUUCACACUGGAGAGAAACCUUAUGACUGCACUGAGUGUGGGAUGAGUUUCACGCGAUUAGGAAGUCUUCAGUCACACCAGCGCAUUCACACAGGAGAGAAACCCUAUGACUGCAUUGAGUGUGGAAUGAGUUUUGCGCGGCUAGGAAGUCUUCAGUCACACCAGCGCAUUCACACAGGAGAGAAACCCUAUGACUGCAUUGAGUGUGGAAUGAGUUUUGCGCGGCUAGGAAGUCUUCAGUCACACCAGUGCAUUCACACAGGAGAGAAACCCUAUGACUGCAUUGAGUGUGGAAUGAGUUUUGCGCGGCUAGGAAGUCUUCAAUCACACCAGUGCAUUCACACAGGAGAGAAACCCUAUGACUGCAUUGAGUGUGGAAUGAGUUUUGCUUAUUUAAGUUCCUUGAAAAUCCACCAGCAGACUCACAAAGAGAGAAAUCUUCUCAACAUAGUGAAUUUCUGAAGAGUCGCUUAUCAAACCUUAAGACACCAUAAAACUCACAGGUGAGUUUAGAUAGUUCUUGAAGGGUCUUGAAGGACAAGAAAACUCAAGAAUUUCAGCCACUUGAGGACACCUCAACACCAAGACUAAAUUUGACUAAAAUACAAAAAUAUUUUUGAAAACAAAAGAAUAAACUUUCUACUCCAAAAACUCAAAAUCUCUCUCUC